UAUUGACUUCGGAAAGCGUAACUAGAAACGUGUCCUGAACUUGUUUUGGGGAUUUUUUUCACCUAUGAUUACUGAGUAUGGAAACAACGCGUGGUAUAAUUUGGAGAGGAAUCGUUCUUGUGCUCCUUUCUGUGUGCAAAGGUUCUUCGGGCCUCCACUUUCCCCAGAAUGAGUACAGCGAGAGCAUCUUCAUUGGUCAGCCGGCAGGCUCUCCGGUGCUCCAGGUCCACUCCAUGAGGGACGCGGAGGCGGAGACGCCCUAUUUCUACCUCUGUUGGACGGGCCGCCCGCCGCACUACGCCUCCUGGUUCAACAUGGACGAAGCCACGGGCGUCAUCAGCAUGAACAGAACACUGGAACACAGCGACUUCACCUCUCUGACCUCGAUGGCCCCGUGGCAUAGGAUGCCGCUGAAGGCCAUGGUGUCAGACCGUCCUCUGCAGAGAGCCAUCUGCAUGAUGAGCCCCACCGUCAAGCUCUACAUCACACUCAACAACGCCACAGCGCCCCCUUGUGAGGAGAUCCAGCGCGAGAAGCUCUGCUUCCCAGACAAGGAGGUGACGCCCCACAUCACGGAGAACCGGCUGCCCGGGCCCCUGUACCAGCUGCGCAGGCUGACCAGGGCUCAUCUCUGUCCCAACUACACCAUCAGCUACCGCGUCGAGCCAGAUGACCCGGUGCCAUUUGAGGUGAAUGAGACGACGUCGGAGCUGGUGGUGAUCAGGCCUGUGGACCGCGAGGAGCGGGAGGUGUACCACAUGCAGAUCCAGUGCACCGUGGAGACGGGAGAGGCCGUCCACAAGGUCUUCCUGCCCAUGCACGUCAACAUCUACGACGAGGACGAUAACCCGCCCUACCUCAACGGCACCGACACUGAGGACGUGGUGGUGGAGUUUAACCGCAUGGAAGGGGCUGUGUUUGGCAACAUAUCAGUGUACGACAGAGACACCACCCCGGUCUACCCCAAAGACCUUGUUCAGAACAAGCUGAUGGGGACCAUGAUCACCAAUGACACCUGGGUGAAGGAGACCUUCACCGUGUCCCACUCCUUCAGGGAAGAGAAGGCCAUCUUCGGCAACGUGCGGGGAACCAUCCAUGACUACAAGCUGGUCCUCAACAAGAACCUGACGGUGGCGGAGACCAGGUCGUUCCAGAUGGACUAUUUGCUGAGGGACAUGACGUACUCGGGCACCGACGGCUCUGUCCUGCUGCACUUCAACGUCACCAUCCUGCCCGUGUCCAUCACCUUCUCCAACUCCACCUACGUCUUCAGUGUCUCCAGGAAGGCAACCAUGCUCUCCAAGAUUGGGAAGGUUUGUGUGGAGAACUGCUUGAAGUUCCAGGGCAUCGACGUGGAGUAUUCGCUGGAGGUGGUGGAGAGGAACACGUCCUCGUCCUCGUCCGUGGAUCUGCAGUCCUGCUACUCUGCGGUGGCCAUCGCACGCAGCUACAGGGACGUGUCCGGAGUGCUGUUUGUCAACGACACGGACAUGCUGCGACGCCCCGAGUGCCAGGAGCUUCAGUACGUCGUCAUCGCCCAAGAGCAGCAACUGCAGCGGCAAGCCAGGACCCAGCUGGUCAUCUUCUUUGAGGAUAAACCAGACAAAGCGGAAGUCACGGAGCAGCGCAUGAUGUCGUGUGCAGAGAAGAAGAGGCGGUCUGAAUGUGAAGCUUUCCGGGGCCUGGGAACGCCAACAGGGAGAUGCCAGUGGAGACAGAACACAGAGAAAGGCAUAUCGCGGAACUACUCCACGUGCUCUCCGGACCUGCGGAGCUGUCCCGAUGGCUUCUGUGAUGUGGUGGAGAGGAGGAACACGACCAUUUGUCCUCAAGACUGCACAAGAGAGGCGGUCACUGGGGGCCAUGAGGCGGGCAUGAUGUCUGGAAUCAAAGCCGGCUUUGAAACCUGCUACUGCUACGCAAUGAAAUGCACCUGCGAACCUGUGGACAUCAAGGAGGCCAUAUGUGACGACGUGUGCAAGACCAUCAUCGCCACGGCGGUGCUGCUGUCAUUCAUCGUGUCCAUCCUGCUCUCCUCCUUCUUCAUCCAUCGCUACCACAAGAACACGCCCAAGCCGCCCAUCGCCUCGGCUGAGAUGACCUUCCGCCGGCCCGCCCAGUCCUACCCCAUCAGCUACUCGGCCAAUAACGUGCGCCGCGCCUCCCUCGACUCCAUGGAGAACCAGGUGGCCGUCGACACCUUCAAAAUACCGGAGGAUCCCAAGUGGGAGUUCCCACGUAAGAACCUGGUGCUGGGCAAGACACUGGGAGAGGGAGAGUUUGGCAAAGUGGUGAAGGCCACGGCGUUCCGACUGAAGGGCAAGGCCGGAUACACCACCGUUGCUGUGAAAAUGCUGAAAGAGAAUGCGUCUCAUAGCGAGCUGCGGGACCUGUUAUCCGAGUUCACUCUGCUGAAGCAGGUCAACCACCCACACGUCAUCAAGAUGUACGGAGCCUGCAGUCAAGACGGCCCGUUGUAUUUGAUAGUGGAGUAUGCCAAGUACGGCUCUCUGCGUAACUUCCUGCGGGAGAGCCGCAAGGUGGGGCCCAGCUACAUGAGCGGCGAGGCCAACCGUAACUCCAGCUACCUGGAGAACCCGGACGAGAGGGCCCUCACCAUGGGAGACCUCAUCUCCUUCGCCUGGCAGAUCUCCCGGGGCAUGCAGUACCUGGCAGAGAUGAAGCUUGUUCACAGAGACCUUGCCGCAAGAAAUGUCCUGGUCGCAGAGGGUCGGAAGAUGAAGAUUUCAGACUUUGGUUUGUCACGAGACGUCUACGAAGAAGACUCCUAUGUCAAGCGAAGCAAGGGUCGCAUUCCUGUCAAAUGGAUGGCCAUAGAGUCACUGUUCGAUCAUAUUUACACAACUCAGAGUGAUGUCUGGUCAUUCGGUGUGCUCCUGUGGGAGAUUAUGACUCUGGGUGGAAACCCCUACCCUGGCAUCGCUCCUGAACGUCUCUUCAACCUCCUCAAGACAGGCUACCGCAUGGAGAAACCAGAGAACUGCACUGAGGAAAUGUAUAAUCUGAUGCUGCGCUGCUGGAAACAGGAAUCGGAUAAGAGGCCGACCUUCUCCGAGAUCAGCAAGGAGCUGGAGAAGAUGAUGGUGAAGAGCCGAGACUACCUGGACCUGGCGGCCUCCACCCCGGCCGACGCCCUGCUGUAUGACGACGCCCUGUCUGAAGAGGACACGCCCCUAGUGGACUGUAAUAACGCCCCUCUCCCCCGCAACCUCCCCUCCACUUGGAUUGAAAACAAGCUCUAUGGCAUGUCAUACCCCGACUGGCCAGAGGGGAGCCCCGUACAGCUCAACAGACUUGAUGGCACUAACCCUGUCUUUUCAAGAUAUGCCAAUGAUAGUGUUUAUGCAAACUGGAUGGCUUUGCCUACGUCUGCAAAAAUUGUGGACAAGCUUGACAGUUAAAAGUUAAAAAAAACAAGCGUAUGGAGAAAAAAAAGACUCAAAACUACUGGACAGAUGUGUAUAUUUAUAAAUACAUAUUAUAUUAUAUAUAUAUUGGAAGAAAAUAAUGUGUACAUAUAUAUUCCCUGAUGCUUCAAGUGAUUCCCUUUUCUUUCUGUUGCACGAGUGAUUGGAGAUGGAGGUGAAGGUCAUAGUGUGCACAGCCCCACUGUUACCUGGAGUUCUGUAUACUGUCCUGUGCCAUGCGUCACACUGCACCCUGGUAUAGCCUUGGUGACCUCCA